ACAGCACUGCACUGAGUUGCUCUCUCUCUCUCUAAUACUAACCAUUCACAUACAUCUAUAGGAUAUAUAGGGAUUGCAUAUCACAAGCUUGUUCCUUUUUUGCUUCUUUAUCCAUAGUUACAAAAAAAAAUAAUGAAUCAGAAACACCUUACUAUGUUCAUAAUAUCACAGAUGCUGCUUGUGCUGCUACAGCUGCCCCACGCUUUAAACCAGAGAGUCACCGGACCCAGGUUCCUAAUAAGUGACCGAGACAGAGACCCUCAGUGCAAUCCUCAUUGUUCCAGACCCCAGUCAAAGCCAAUCUGUGCGUCAGAUGGUCGUACUUAUGAAUCCAUGUGUGACUACCAGAGAGCAAAAUGCAAGGAUCCUGGUCUCAGCGUGACUCAUAGAGGAAGGUGCAAAGAUGCUGGCCAGAGCAAGUGUCGUUUGGAAAGGACUCAAGCUCUUGAACAGGCGAAGAAGCCGCAGGAAGCUGUUUUUAUUCCCGAGUGUAAUGAGGAUGGCUCCUUUACACAAGUGCAAUGUCAUACGUACACAGGAUACUGCUGGUGCGUCACAUCAGACGGUAAACCUAUAAGUGGAUCAUCUGUGCAGAACAAGACCCCUGUAUGUUCAGGUUCAGUAACUGAUAAACCCUCAGCCCAGGGUAAUUCUGGCAAGAGAGAUGAUGGAUCAAAGCCAACGCCCACCAUGGAGACCAGGCCUGUUUUUGAAGGUGACGAUAUCACGGCCCCCACUCUGUGGAUCAAGCACCUUGUUAUCAAAGAUGCCAAAUUAAAUGGUUCUAGCAUGAGGCAGCCAGAGAAAGUAAAUUCAUGUGACCAAGAAAGGCAGAGUGCACUAGAGGAGGCAAAACUAAAUCCGAGAGAAGGAAUUGUGAUCCCUGAAUGUGCACCAGGAGGGCUUUAUAAACCUGUGCAAUGCCACCAAUCCACCGGAUACUGCUGGUGCGUCUUAGUAGACACAGGUCGCCCGCUGCCUGGAACAUCUACACGAUAUGAAACACCAGUGUGUGAAAGUGAUGCAAGAUGGAGAGGUACGGAUACUGAAGAUCCCUUUAAGGACAGGGAAUUAGCAGGAUGCCCAGAAGGCAAGAAACUGGAAUUUAUCACAAGUUUACUGGAUGCGCUCACAACAGACAUGGUCCAGGCAAUUAACUCAGCAGCGCCAGCAGCAGGCGGGAGAUUCUCAGAACCUGACCCAAACCACACACUGGAGGAACGAGUGGUCCUAUGGUACUUCAGUCAGCUAGACAGCAAUGGCAGUGAAGACAUAAAUAAAAAGGAGAUGAAACCCUUUAAAAGAUAUGUGAAGAAGAAAGCUAAGCCAAAGAAAUGUGCCCGACGCUUCAUCGAUUACUGCGACCUAAAUAAAGAUAAAUCCAUCUCCUUGUCAGAGCUAAAAGGAUGUCUUGGAGUCCGCAAGGAACUAGGUACCAAUGCUGGUAGUUUUCCUCCUGGAAAGAGAUCGGGCGCAAAUCCUUUCAUAGGACGCCUCGUGUAACAGUCAAUCAGAGCACACAGUGCGAAAGAGGAGAAGCUGAACCGUGCCAAUCGUAGAGGAGACUGAUGGCGCUUGUAAUAAUUGCACUUUUGAGUGAACUUUAUACUUUUUUAAUCAGACAUGGAAAGGAAGAAAAAAAAUAUUGCUUUUUUUUUUUUUAGUUGUUUUUAUUAAAAAAAAUCUGCUACUGAAAAAAUAGGUAUUGACUCUGAAAAAAAAGAGUUUCUGUAUAUAAAUGUAUAUGUAAAUUGUACAGUCCUUUUGUACAGUUCUUUUUGCUUUUUUUUUAGCAAAUACCUUGUCUCUUUUACGUGAUCUCAUGUUAACGUAACAUUUUAUAUGUGCUUGUAUUUUGUAAAUUAAAAAUGCUGUUGAAAAUGGUAAAAAAACAUAAAUAAAUGGGCAAAUGUAUUUCUACACAAUUUGUGUAGAUGCUGAAAUAAACCUUUAAAGUAUUAUUCAUA